AGAUAGGUGGCGCUCCCAACUUCCUCUGCACAGUUAGUCACAAAGAAGCGGAAACACACUGGAUUUAAAAAAGAACUGCGCCGUUGCUCUGAGCAACAACACAGCUCAGAUUCUGGAACCGACGUCUUUACUUAAAUGUUUGGAAGAAUGGGAUCUCCAGCAAAGCAUGGAACCCCUCGCAGAGUCAACAUUCAUUCCCCCAAUAAAAAUUUAGGUUCCCCACUUCCUCCCAUAGAGGAGCGUCUUGCUUACCUGCGUCCUUCCAGGGAGCUGCUGCAGUUCUACAGACAGAAGAUCGCCCAGUAUGAUGGUGAACACGAAGAGCUGUUGCAAAUGCUGGAAAAGUUUAAAAGCAUCGCAGAGGAUCAGCACAAACUCCAGUAUGACGUACAGGAGCGUGAAAAAGAAGUUACACAGCUUCAGAACGCUCUGAGUGACAUGCAGGUCUACCUUUUCCAGGAGAGAGAGCAGUCUCUCCGACUUUAUGCAGAAAAUGACAGACUAAAGAUCAGAGAGUUGGAGGACAGGAAAAAGAUCCAACACCUUCUUGCUCUUGUCGGCCCUGAUGAUGGAGAGAUUACGUACUUUCACCAAGAGCCUCCACACAAGGUCACAAUUACUCAGAGGCUCCCUGAGUCCAUGUUUGAUGAAAAUCUCAGUCUAAGGCCAACUAAACUAAGACCUGCUGCAACAAAAGAGGCUAUCAGGAAAGCAAAAUCUGCUUGUGAUGGUGUAGAGAAGUACAGGAACGACAACCAGACAUUAUUGCUGCAGGUGGAGGCGCUGCAGGCUCAGAUGGAGGAACAGACGCGUCUGGUCAGAGAGCAGAUAGAAGCUCUCCUCGAGGAUCGGAGGAUCAUAACAGAGGAAUCUCAGGCACAGCGACAUAGAGACCAGGAACGCAUUGCUGCACUGAGUGAAAAGCUUCAGCAGACUCAGAACCUGUUGCAUGAAAGCACAAAAGAUUUUUUACAGCAGAAAUUUAGCGCUCGGGCCAGUGAGAAAAGCUGGAUUGCAGAAAAAGAUCGGCUGCUGAGGGAGCUGGAGUCUUGCCACAACCGACUGAGGAGGGCAAAGGCCCGGUUCGACGGUGCUGAACUGACAAGAUCCUGGCAGCCUAGCAGCAGAUCUGAGCUGUCUGAAAAAGAGGAGAAAAAGGCUUUACAAGAUGAUCUGAAACAAGCUCACAAGUUGGCAGAGAUGUUCAGAGAGCAAUGUAUCUCACUGGAGACAGAACUGUCCCAAAUCAGAGAGGAAGGAGAUGUAGGAAGAGAAAUAUUUAAGGAGCGUUCAGACAAGAUGGCCAAGCGCCUCCAGCUCAUGAUUCAGCGCUAUGAGGCUUUGGAGAAGAGAAGGGCCAUGGAGGUGGAGGGCUUUAAGGCAGAUCUAAAACUCCUCAGACAGAAGCUUAAAGAUGUAGAGAAACAGCUCCUCAAGGUCACAUUAAACAUUGGGCCCAACCAGGACCUAGCCAUUCUGCAUGAAGUACGGCAAACUAAUUCAAGGACGAAAAAGGUUCAGAAUGAGCUUAUGGCUCUGAAAGCCAAAAUUUAUGGACUUGAAAACGAACUAAGAAUCAGCUGAAGAACGUUUUCUCGAAUGUUUUCCAUUUCCACUUUUACCGAUUUUUCUAUUGUUUGUUUUUUAUUGACAUGUUGACUACAUUUUUUAAAUCGUUUGUGCUUUGAACCAAUAAAAUUCGUUUACAUCAA